CAGCCGUCGUUCUGGUACACGUAUGGGCAUUUUCGUCAUUAUUCGAUACCAAUUCUUUAAAGACCAAGCCCCCAUUAAUGGAAUAUAUACAUACUCUUUAGAACAUCCCAAAAGCCAUCCAAAACCAAGAAAGAAAGAAAAAUGGGUGAUCAGAGUCGUACUAAAACAACUGAUGAGAGAGAUGUAAUGGAGAAGAAGAAGAAGGUUAAAACAUUGUCACAUGAUGAUCAUCAGCGAGAAGAAGACGAUUGUGAUUAUGACGAUGAUGAAGGUAAGAUAGAUAAGUUUUUCGAGUUGAUUACGAGCUUCAGAGAAGCUCGAAAUCGGUUGAGAAAUGGAGUAAUGCUUACGAGUAAUACUAAAAAUAAUAAUAAUAAUAAUAAGCAAGAGACGAAGAACGAGAGGAAUACGAAGACGAAGAAGAGAAAGCAGCCAAAUUCAAGUGCAGCUUAUGAUGAUGAAGACAAUGGCGGACAAACGAGUUGGAUACCUUCGUUCGAGAGAGAAGAUUUUACUUCUCAACUCGAAUUUCGAGGAAUUCCUUCAAUUUUUCCAACUAGCAAUACUCCUAACGAUCAAUCUCAUCAUCGAAAACCUCAACUCAUCAAUGGUUUAAACCUCAAUCUUUCCCUCUAGCUUAGAAUCUGUAUCAUGUAAUAACUACUUUUAGUUCCUUGUGAUUGUAUGGUUAGCUAAACUCUACAAUUUCAUUUUCAGCUCUGUUUCUUUGAGUUUUGGUGUCUGCAUAUAUGAUUAAUUCAAAAUUAAAUUCUAAUGAAGAAGAUGAUGGAGAAAUUGCAGAAA